AUGGGCGUCAGUGUUGGCGGUGGUGGCAGCGGUGGCGGUCAUGGCAGUUGGGGUUGUGGUGACAACGGUGGAAAUGGGGUAAGGUUUGAAAUAGAAGCCGGUGGUGGUGGCGGACGGUUUAGCAUGGGCGCCAGUGUUGGUGGUGGUGGCAGCGGUGGCGGUCAUGGCGGUUGGGUUGGUGGUGGCUACGGUGGUAAUGGAGGAUGGUUUGCCAUAAACGGUGGUGGAGGCACUGGUGGCACAGGCGGUCUUGGUGCCUCCUGGGGCGGCAGCGGAGGUGGCGCUGGAGACGGCAGUGGAAGCGGCAGCGCAGGCGGCAAUGCAGGCGGCCCAGGUCGUGAUAGCAGUUGGAAUUUCAAUGUCGGAGAAGAAGAAGGCGGUUAUGGGAGUUGCCCUGGGAAUACUGGCCAACCGUAA